CCUAACAGAGGAAAAAAACUGUCUACGUAGCGGAAUGACGGGGUCUAUAACACCUCAAAAACUGUCUACAUAGUUUAUUGUUAGCCAUUCUAAGUUUAUUAAGAACAUUGGGCUGAAUUUGUCGCACCAUGGAAAUCCAGACACCACGUGUGACUAGUAAUCUAGAUGUAAUAAUCGUAAUUAGUCAGAAAUUAAAAACUUCGUUUAAAUUACAUUGUAUAAUAUACACAUAGUUACAGAUCAGUCGCACCCCUCUCCUCUAACCGUGCAGUUUUCGAUGCAGUUAACUUUCAAUACACUUUACUGUACUGCCGCUAUUCGCAUAACAGUCCUAUGUAGAUAUAGGAAAUCCACAGGACAUGGGACUGUUCUGCGACGCUGCAUCUCCGAUGGGGCCGCCACACGAAUGCGACUCGAAACCUAAUCCGCAAAAGUGUAACAACUUCUUACACUCGAGCUUAUUGCAUACGUGAGCCAAAUUCACAAUUUUCAGUUUGCACCUUCUUUCUUCUUUUAUUUUUUCUCCAUCUAAUCGCAUUACCGACUGACCUCGCUGCAAUUUUUUCUUUGCAUCCAUCUUUCUCUCAUUGAGGGAGCUGAAAGAUUCCCACGUAACCAAAUACCGAGCCAAAUUCCUCGCAUCCCAAUCAGUGAUAACAUUCGGCGACCGCAUUUCUCUUUCACUCGCUGUGUCUCUCUCUCUCUCUCGAACCGAUCAACGAACAAAAUGAUGACGAUUGCGAAAAAGAAACGCAGCAUAUCGAUAUGCGGCCAUUACGAAACAAAAUAGCCAAUGGGGCCAGUUGCAGCAGCAGGCACUUGAUGGCGUCGCGUUGCCAUCAAUUUAUUGCAGGAGGAGCGGGGGAAUAGGGAUGCAUGCCCAUGGCUCCCGGGGUUGAAUAUCCUGCAAUCGUUCAUCGACCCGACACCGACUGACGAAUGUGGACUCGAAUAAGCUAAUGGAUCCAUUCCAUGGCCGGUCGUGUAGAACUAUGGGGCUUGUCGGUUUGGUCCUUUCUUGAAAUAAAUGACCCAUGAUGGCCACAGCCAAAGUCUGCCCGGGUGGACAUGGAACGGUCCACUAGCGCAAAGUGAAAGAGUUGGAAAAUCCAAUUAAUUGAUUGAUGUCAACUUAUAUUCCGAUUUUCUACUUUGUUUCGCUUUCCCGCAACGAAAGCAAAAUUUUCCAGCUUUUUUUUUUCUCCUACGAUCCUGUGAGUGGAAACGAAUACGCUAGCAACGGAAACGUUAUGCGGUGAGAAGAAGAACAAGAAGUAUCCAAAAUAGGAAAAUAGCACAACAAUCUAACAAGUUAAAGUUCAACCAAGUGUAAGCACACAGAGCGUGUGUGCAGUGAUUGAAAGUUUACCCGCUGCGCGAGAAAAGUGUUUUCCAAAGUGAGCCGGUGUUUGCGCGUGUGUGUGUUGAUUGCAUCAGUGGAAAAACCGAAAAAGUAUCUGCUGGAAGCCAGAGCAAGGGGGAGUCGGGGACACUUUCUCCUCUCUUGGCCGACGGCGGCGGUGCCUGGGACCGGGAGAUAGGAAGAAGAGGGAAACGAUCCUAAACGUGACAAAAGAAUACGACGAAAUCGUGGUGGAACGGGAACAGAACGACAGCAGUACAACUAAAUAACAAUAACAGCAGCAGCAGCAUCAACAGGAAGAAGAAAGCAACAGGAAGGUGGUGGAGGGAGUAGAAAAACACUCCGACAGUCAGCCAGUCAACCACCGUACUCUGUGCUAAACUACAACGAGAACAUACACAACAAUAACAACAACAGUAGCAGCGAGGAGGAGAGCAAUCGCCUCGUGCCAUACCAUACAUAGGACAAACCGUUGUCGUCGUCGUCGUCGUCGUACACACACCACAUCGGAGGGCAACUUUUUCAAAAAGGUAUUAUCUCAUCAGACCCAGAUAGACGGAAAAUUCGUGGAAAAAUCGCACCGUUCCCCAGUUAAACCCAGCUGGAGUGGCACAGCAGCCAACCGGGCGAAAAAUCCUCGCCAAGUCAAGCAUCGUUUGCAUUAAUUGGCUGGCUUUUGGCUACCGUACAGCAGUAGACAUCUGUUGAGCCGCGGGGGCUGGGAAGCGGAGCCGGCGACAACAGGCACCCACCUACCAUCGCCAACAACCAAAACAAGUCCCAUCCGAAUAAGUAACGUAGAUAAUGAAACAAGUCAAUGUCGCCGUCGUUGGGCUUUCCGGUGUCGAGAAGGACAAGGGCCAGCUGGGGGCGGGCAAGUCCUGCCUGUGCAACCGCUUCGUACGACCCAAGACAGAUGACUAUGCGAUCGAUCACAUCUCGGUGCUGAGUCAGUCCGACUUCAGCGGCCGGGUCGUCAACAAUGACCACUUCCUGUACUGGGGUGAAGCGCGCAAAACGUCCGACGAGGGCGUCGAGUAUAACUUUAACGUAGUCGAGCAGACCGAGUUCGUCGACGAUGCCACAUUCCAACCGUUCAAGGUGGGCAAAAUGGAACCGUACACCAAACGGUGUACGACCAUCCGGUUAAGCUCGCAGGAGAAGCUCAAAUACAUUUGCAAAAAUCAACUGGGCAUAGAGCACGAGUAUGAGGAAGUGGUCCUGCCCGAGGGACGAUUCCUGGUCGAUGGAUUCGUGUGUGUUUUCGACGUCAGUGUCGUUCCGAACAGGACCGUCGAAAAGCAGGUUGAAUUCAUUACGGUGAUUAUCAAUAACAUUCUCAAAAACAAGAAACCAGUCGUGCUGGUAACGACCAAGAACGAUGACUCCAACGAGCUGUACAUCCGGGAAGCGGAAAAAAUCUGCGCCCGGAAGGAGUACAAAGGCCAGAUUUUGAUGGUCGAAUCGUCUGCCCACGAAAGUAUAAACAUCGAUCUGGGAUUCAUAGUGCUAGCACAAAUGAUCGAUAAAGUUAAGCAACGGUCAAAGAUCAUGUCCUACGUGGAAGCGGCCAAACAUCGCACGGACCUGUUAAAUGCCAGUUCCGAGUAUGUGACCCGCCUCAUCCGAACACAAAUAACCGACCACCGGUCGAUAUGGACGAGUUCGUCCAAAAAAUUAGGCACCCACAAGGAAUGGAACGACUUUUUGGAACUAUUUGGCCAGGAAGCCGGUCAGAGGAUAUUCCGGCGGCACAUUAAAAAGCUUCGCGAUGAUUACCAGGCCAAGAAGCUGCAGAGCUACAUGGAUUCGUUCGCUUGCGUCCUGCAGGAAAUCCUACCGGACAUGAACAGCAUAAACCUGGAGCUGGAUACGUUCAACGAUUGGCAAUCGAUACGGAACUAUUUCCGCAAUCAUGUCGAAUUCGAGCAGUACUUCUUCGAUGCCAUCGAGAGGGGUGGCAGCUGGGCGGAGCUUAGCGAUAUGAGCGACAUGGAGGACGAAAAUCGAAUACCGUUCGAUAUCCUGGACACGCCCGAGGCGGAAACGAUUUUCAAGAACCACAUGAACGCCCUGCAGCAGGAACAGAAGCGAUUGGAAUGGAAGAAGCAGUUCAAGAAGCUGCUGGAGGAAACCGGCUACGUAACACCGGGCAAGCAGCUCUCGGAAGUUCGAGUCCUAUUCAUGGGUCGCGAAUGCUUCGAAGCUCUGUCGGAGCAUGACUGCCAGCAGAUCUACGACAACCAUCAGCGAGAGUUGAUUGAAACGGCAAAGCGGAACUUUCAGGAACUGCUGAUGGAGCAUGCUGAUCUAUUCUAUCACUUCAAGAACAUUGAACCUUCGGGGACAAUAACGCAAAACGACGUCAAGGAGAUAACCGAUGUACUGCAGGAGGAUUUACGGUACAAGCUGUUGGACCGGUUGGAACAGGAUAGGAAGUUGAUGCUGUUUCAGCAUCUUGGGUUUGUUCAUUGCCCCAUUCGAGAGCACUGCCCUGCUUUCCCCAAUUGCAUGGAUGCACUAAUUGAGAGGAUAUUGAUUGCCAAUCAAACCCUACCAAAUCCCAGGUUCGCCCAGAAGGACGGCCAACUGCAACUGAAUCUCAUCGUCAUUGGAUUGGACUACAUUGCAAAUGAUUUCAUCGAUAAAGUACAUCAACAGUGCAAUGACAAUGGCGAGUACAUAGUGGACGGGCAAGUCUACGGACUGAGCAUUGAAACGAUUAAUAGGGAGAACGAUUCCUUCUCGUUUGAUCUGGCCAAUAAAGGACUGAUCUGUUGCUACUCGAAUAGGCAAACAUUCACCUACAUCUACGAAGUACUGGAUCGCCUGUUGGGGGACAAUAUUGAUUUUAAGGAUAGCGUAAACAAUUUGCACAUAGUGUUUAUGAGUGAUGAGAAAAACAGCGAGAGCACACUUCAACAACUGCAAAACGAUGGCCAAUCCCUAGCGGAACGGUUACACUGCGUGUUCAUCGAUGAAAACGAGUUCUUUGCCUCGGGACAGGAGGCCCGUUUUGUUGAGACAACACUGAACAGUGUCAUUGACUCGAUUCCUUUCGAUGAACUAAAAUACGGAAUGAAUCUAGCGGAUAUCCCAGAUUUGCGAAUCAUAAUGUGCAUCUUCUGCGGGGAUCCUUUCUCGACGGAAAACAUGCUUAGCUCGAUGAUGAUCGAACAGUCGUGCAUCAAUGCUGGCGAGAGAAACAUCAUUUUCGAAAUGUUCUUAGGAGAUUCCAAGCGACGGGUUGAGCUAAUCUUGUCUUCGUAUCACGGAGCGAAUGCGUUCAGAGACGAUCUCAUUCAUGGCUUCAUUCUACUGUAUUCCAGCAAACGUAAGGCUUCCCUCUCGACGCUCAGCGCAUUCUCGUUAAACAUUCCAAACCUUCCCAUGCAACUCGUGUCCGUGUCUGAGCAAGGUGGAGUCAACGCAUUUUUCAACAACGAAACAUCCCAAAUGCUGAUAACCGAAGGCAAUGCCAUAGCUGAUAAAUUACGAGCUCACUUUGCAACCGCUUCCGAUGAGGAUAACCAAUUCAAGUUCGCAUCGUUCGCUCCCUUCCUGAAAGAGGUCUGGGACAAGAAACCCGAAAUCGAACACGCAUUCAACAUGGAAGAACCUCUGACCAUCGAUUCGGGUGAAGGCACGAUGGAACAUUCCAUGCAUCAUCAUCACCAGCAAGCGCCGCAACCUCCACCGCGUUACGAAAGCUAUCUCAUCAACGGUUCCCAAACGACCUACCGCAGCCAACACCAGCAUCCCCACCAACAACAAAAAAUGCUCUUCGAUAAUCGUUCCAUUAACUCACUGGACGAUCUGGAUAAUCUAAAGCAACACCAACAACAGUAUUCCAACAUGUACUACUACGAAGAUAGUAGCGACUUUGACAAAGGUGGAAGCAACCAGGGCUUCCAGAUCUACCCACCACCGACGACUCCACCGGAGCCGGCACCACCAGAUCACCUGCUAACGCCAUCCUCGAUUCUACGGCAGCUCAAAGCGAACACCGUCUCCCAAUCGCAAAGUAGCUUGGAGGAGAUUAACUCCGAUGUCAGUGGAUCCAAGGACUCGAUCAACACAUACGACUCAGGCUGGUUGGACGACGGAUUUCUCAUCCCGAAGCAGGACAACAAGCAGAACGAAGACAUGUGGAAGACCAUGAAUCCCCAUCACGCUUUCACCACGGGUCGAAGGCCAAACCAAACUUCAUUUGCGAAGAAAAUCCGACCCAAAGGCCCCAGCCAGACCCUAAAGCAACCGGGUAAACUGAAUCUCAAAAGUUUUGCCAUAGUCAACGAAGCCAUAGCUCGUAUGAAUCUGGGCGACGGACAGGGCCCCUUCCAAGGUGGCGGCGGUCAACCGAUGACGGAAAAGGAAAAGAAAAAAGCCAAAAAGUUGCUGCAGCAACAGUUGGAAAAUGCUCCGCUGGCAGCGCCGGAAGACGACAGCGAGGACUACGAAGACGAAGCCGGCUAUGAGCAGAUCAAUGACGCAUUUAGCGAUGCGGUUAACAAUGUAGCGAGUCAAUUAUUUACUACCUUUUCGGGAGGGCAACGAGCAGAUGGCGGUCAGCAGGGAAUCGAUUUGACCGCUGGGAAGGCCAAACUACGGCAACGAAGGGAGAAGGAACAAACUGGAUCCACGUAUCCAACAGUUUUCAACAUUCCGGAGUACUCCGAUUCGGAGAGUGAUUCCAGUUCGCUGGAACGGAAACGCUCGACUGACGGAUACUCUAAAAUCAACCGGAAGCCUCAGGCUCACAAACGGCAUCGUAAGAAGCGUACGGCCAUUCCAGUGCAGCCACCGAAGAUUCCCCUGGGUCCGUUCGGUGGUGGAGGAGGAGGCCCAGGCGAUGGCGGUGGCCCUCCAAUGAUGGUGGGUAUCCCCGGAGGCGGACAGCUAGGAUCAGCAAUCGGCAUGCCAAUGAUGUACCAAAAGCUGAAGAAUGAGAAGAACAUGGGCAUGGACAAAGAUAAGCAGGAGGAUGAAUCGAGCAUCGAUGUGUCCUCGCCAAGGGAUAACAACUCUCCAAUCUUCGGCGUCCUUCCAAAGGGGGGUGACCGGGAAAAGCUGAUCACAAAGCAGAAAAAUUGGUUCGGCAAGGAAAUCGACAGCAGCAAGAGCAGUUCCAAAGAUUCGAAAGAUUCGGACUCCAAUGCCAAGAAGGCGGCUGGCCGAUCGAGCAAGGGAAGCAGCGGAAAGAAUGCCAAAAAUGCUCCCCCGGUUCCGCAGCAACCGUCGUUAGCUAGUUUUAAGCAGUCGGAUAAGAAUCUGGUGCCACUGUUUGUGGAGAAAUGUGUCAAAUUCAUCGAGCUGGAAGGACUGGACUCUGAGGGAAUCUACCGGGUGCCGGGCAAUAGGGCGCACGUUGACUUGCUCUAUCAGAAGUUCGAUGAAGAGGUCGAUCUGGAUAUCGAAAAGUUGGAUAUUCCCGUGAACGCAGUGGCCACCGCUCUGAAGGAUUUCUUUGCCAAACGAUUACCAUCGCUGUUCAACACAGAGAUGAUGGCUGAGCUGGAGGAGAUUGCCGGAUCGCGGCCGCUGCAAGCCAUCAGCAGUCUCAAUAUGGAGGUGAAGACGGAUAGAAGCUGCAGGUUGAUUUCGUUGCGAUCGCUGCUCGGAAAGCUUCCGCCCAGCAACUUUGCCAUUUUGAGCUUCAUUUUCCAGCACUUUGUGAGGGUCUCGGAAAACUCCAAGCUGAACAGCAUGGACAGCAAGAACCUGGCCAUUUGCUGGUGGCCCACGCUCCUGCCGAUCGAGUUCACCGACAUGAUGCGUUUCGAAACGAUGCGCCCCUAUCUGGAGGACAUCGUCCAGACGAUGAUCGAUCAGUUUCCGUUUCUGUUUUGCGGCGAGGAGGCAUUUGUGAUGGUUUGAUGCAGCGACCCGCAGCGGCAGCAAGAGGAAGGUUAAUGAGCGAACGCGCGAGAGUGUUUAAAACGAGUGAGUUGUUGAUUAAUUUUUAGUUUUGCGCAAUUUCUUCGCAGCAUGCAACAAAAUCUAUGGGUUUUUCAAAUUUUGUCCGGCUCUAAUAAGGCGAAUAGUAUUAUUUUAAUUUGUUUGCGCAAAAAGAAACGUUUUUAGCUAGGCAUUUAGAACGGAACAAAUCAAUGUUGAAAAAUGUUUUACCUUCUUCUUACUAAAAAAAAAGCUGUAGAACUCAAACCAGCAGUGAAUAGGAAGAAGUCAUGUAUUUAUACUAACGCUUUUAGGUGAGGAAAAAAAACGAAAGGAAUGAUUAAGAGGAGGUGCUUACUUUUCUUUACGUCCUAUUGUGUAGGUUGAAAAGCGAAUCGCAAACACGUAAUUCGAUCCAAAUAAAAAUCGCUAGUAGGAAUAUGUACGGAUGCACCGAUAUUAUUCCGCUGUAUAUGUUCAUAUUUAUUAAGGCAAAAGAGCAAAACUCGGAAGUGGUUUUUAGUUUGCUAUAUAUUGUUUAAAUGAAGCGACAGGAAAGCUUAGAAACUUGCUACUUACUCCGCAGUCGUCGAAUCGUGAAAAUCAACCAACAACAUUCUUUAAUAGAUUCAGAGAUAUUUUUAACUGGUUUAUCAGUGUAUUUGAACAAACUAUGGGAAAGUAAGAAUAUUUGUAUAUUUACCUGUGUAUAUUUUUAAGGCAAACAGUAAUAUCGCUCUAAAUAGUA